UUCAGCAGCCGCCAUGGCCGAUCUGAUAACCAUUCUCGGAGCCGCCAGCUCCGCCAUCACUAUCAUCGACCUGCUGGCCAAAACAAUCAGCCCCGUGUCGGAGCUCAGGAGCCGAUGGAACAGCUCUGAUAUCACGAUUUCCACCUUCGAGACGCAGCUGAUCGCCGUCAAGGCUGCUUUGGUCAAGAUCAAGGAAUGGUCCGAAACCAGCUUUGAGACCCCUACUACCAGUUCGUCAUGGACCUAGACCGCUGUCUUUCUCACUGCGCUCUGCUGGUCGGUACCAUCGACGCCGAAAUGGCCCCUCUACAAUCGACAGCUGGCGGCCAGCUCGACGUUGCCAGCAAGUUGCGUCUCCUCUUCAAGACGAAAUGCAUGCAGGACAUACAGAAGAUAAUAGAGCAUGUGACAGGCGCCCUGAACCUGUUGCUGACGGCCUGCAACUAUACCUCGUUAUCCGAGCAGAGAGUCUUUCUCGAGACUCGAGAUGUUCGACGAGAGUUCAAGAAAAUUGACGACGACGUCGCUUCCAUGUUUGUCCACCGAGACGUCGAUUUCCUGCAGACCUACUUUAGCGGUACAUCCAUCACUUCAUCGAAACGGUCGCUCGUGUUCGACUUUGACCGAGAGCUUCUGCCCAGCCAGAUAUACAGAAGAGUCUUCCAGGGCUCUGUGAAAGCCAGUCUGCUGAAGCUGCAAGGGGAUUUCCCAGUGGCCACGCUGGAGUUUCUGGCUAUAGCCACUGGCAUCAAACGCAAAACACAGCUGCAUGAAGCGUGCCUGACUGGAGACCAAGAAACUGCCCAGAAACUUAUCCAGAAGGGUGCCGACAUUGAAGCCGAAAAUCGAAGUGGUAAUACGCCACUAUCUUCAGCCGCGAGGGAAGGUCACGAAGCAGUUGUACGAGUACUCCUUGAUAAAGGGGCUGAUGUCGAAGCCAAUACUAUAGGGGGGGGUGCGCCUCUAUAUGGGGCCGCGGCCAGCGGCCACGAAGCAGUUGUACGACUUCUACUCGAAAAUGGGGCUGACGCCAAUGUGAUGGAUGAUGAUGGUCAAACGCCACUUAGACGGGCUGUCAAGGGAAAUCACAAGACGGUCAUUCGGGUGCUACGCGAGUUUCAGAAGUAACAGGUCUCCUUUCACGAUAGUUUUGGUCAUCCUGAGAGUUUUCUUGGUACGGGUUAGGAACAGGACGAGAGUGGUUACACGUUCCGUCGAGAAAAGACCAUGGAAAUAUGAGCGGCUCUUUCAACCUCUUCUACGACAAACUUUCUCAGUCGGCGGACAUA